CGUCUGCCGCCUCACACCGCUAUUCUGGCGGCACUAGAACAGCGAUACAACUAGAAAUGCUGGAAGAGUUAUGGACUUGAAGAACACCGCCUUUAUCCUAUCUAUUCUGACCUUAGUUGACGUUUCAGUGCAACAGACAGUACCUCGAUGCCUUCUGAGUAGGCUGGACCUCUUACCCUGUCUCUACCUCAGUCCAGAUAUUCAUCGUGCAGGACUGAAUGAGUACUCAGUGCAUUACACGACGCUGGUAACCUCUGAAUCUGGAAGCAUUGAGUGCCAUGUCAGCCCAAGGAAGCAGGCUAUAAGACUAAUCUCAACGGUUAGCUCCAGACAUUUUAAAGUCAUUCAGUCUCCUGGAUUUGGCAUUAGUCAGAAGUACUAUGAUAAUAACCUUCUGGCACAGUACAAUGUGUACUGUGAAGAGGAUGAGGGAGCAGUUUAUAACAUUCCUUUUUUGGAUGUUCAAGGAGCUAAUGAAUGUCAUGAAGAUGGAGAACCAAGGUGCAUGGAUUAUAUUCUUAUUGACAGUGAAGCAGAG